AUGGCUUUUCGUGCCGUCACGCGUCAAGGCUCAAGAGGACUCUGGAGCCCCGGUUCUUCCUUCGGAACCCCAGGCCGUCCUCAAUAUAGACUAUUGAAACCAAGGUCGACUUCAUUACGUCCGAUGCUCUACCGCUCCACCAUCCAUACGGAAACUUCUAAACAGGGUAGCCGAUUCAUUCCGCUUCAACUUCUAAUCCUAGGCGCCAUCCCUCUUUUCGCGGGGUACCUGAUCGGUCGAUCAAGCUCCUCGGGUCAAGAUAGCGCUAGCCAGAUAAAGCUAUCCCAGGUCAAGUUCGCCGACAGAAAGCACAUGUUACAGGCCGCCAAUGAAAUAUCAAUUAUUCUGGGCAAUGAUGCAGUUAGCUUUGAUGAAGAUGAAAUUGAACAUCAUGGCCAUUCUGAUUGGUCAACAUCAAAUUCCAGUGGACGUCCCGUGGCUAUUGUCUAUCCUAAAACAACCAAAGAGGUCUCACAAAUAGCCAAGAUUUGCAACAAGCAUGGCGUUCCUAUAGUCCCUUUUGGCGCCGGCUCCUCCGUAGAGGGAAGCUUCUCGUCUCCAUACAGUGGUAUAUGCGUCGACUUUGUGCACAUGGACAAGGUCAUUGCCUUUCAUCCUGAUGACAUGGACGUGGUCGUUCAACCUGGAGUCAACUGGGUAAAACUCAACAAAACCAUUGAGGAUUCGGGUCUCUUUCUACCCCUCGACCCAUCACCCACGGCUUUUAUUGGAGGCAUGGUCUCUACGAACUGCAGUGGUACAAACGCCUUUCGCUACGGUACCAUGAAAGACUGGGUCAUCAAUCUUACCGUGGUCCUGCCUGACGGGCGCGUGAUCAAGACUAGAAGACGACCGCGGAAGAAUUCUGCCGGAUAUAACCUAACGUCUCUCUUCGUCGGGGCCGAAGGAACUCUGGGGCUCAUCACUGAAAUUACGCUUAAACUUGCAGUCGUGCCGCAAGACACGAGCGUGGCUGUCGUCUCAUUCCCAACGAUUGACGAGGCUGCAAAGGCGGCUACAAAGCUCAUCCGAUCCGGGAUUCAGCUGGGUGCGCUGGAGUUUAUGGAUGACGUCCAGAUGCAAGUCCUCAAUCGCCAUGGGAGUGAGGCCGUUAGAAGAACAGCGUGGGAUGAGAGGCCGACGUUAUUUCUAAAGUUCUCCGGAACGACUGAUGGUAUCAAAGGCGAUGUUUCCAGAGUCAAAACCAUAGUGCAACCUUUCAACCCACGCAAAAUCAUCUUUGCCCGAGACAAACAGGAAGAAGCAGAUUUGUGGGCUGCAAGAAAGGAAUGUCUUUGGACCAUGACCUCGAUCAAGCCAGAAGGCCAUUCGUUGUGGUCUACGGACGUGGCGGUGCCAAUUUCUCGGUUGGCAGAAAUCAUCACUCUAUCCAAAGAGGAUUCGGGAAAGCUUGGCUUGUUUGCGAGUGUCAUCGGCCAUGUAGGUGAUGGCAAUUUUCACCAGGCUGUCAUGUACAACCCAGAGAAUGAGGAGCAAAAGAAGUCGGUGUCAAAGUGCGUUCACGACAUGAUGAGCCGGGCUUUAGAGAUGGAGGGGACGGUAUCGGGUGAACAUGCAAUUGGCAUAGGAAAGAAGGACUGCCUCGUCGACGAACUCGGAGUCGAUGCGAUUGACUUGAUGAAAACAAUAAAGCAGGCGGUAGAUCCAAAAUGGAUCAUGAACCCAGGGAAGGUCUUCGAUCUUCCGACCGGUUCAAAAGCCGUGGCGGCUAGAUAA